AUGGGUUCACCGCUUGCAAGUGAUGAGAAUUUCUUCGAACUGCUGCAGCAACAGUCAGCCGAUCCGAAGCUGCUCGAGGAGCAGCAGCAAGCUGUUAAUGAGAGAAUAAACGCCAUAUAUCAAAAGGCCCAGGCCCGGCUCGCUGAAUUGAUUGACCAAAACUCCACGCUACCAUGUACAAUCUCAUCUGUCCAAGUCCUCAAUGCGAACAAUACAAGGAGAGGUUUUCUGGAAAGAGUCCUCAGUCCUCUCUUGAGCUCAAAUAAUCACCGGCCGUAUACUCUCUCGGAAGCCUUAAAGGAAAUCUCAGUAUGCACGGAUACACUCAGCCGAUUUGACAUCUUCGAACACCCCAUCUCCGUCUUUCUCGACAAACCUUCCCAGGUCGACCCUUCCACAAGCCCCACUGACCUCGAAGUCUACCUCUCCGUCAAAGAGAAAUCCCGUAUCCUGCUAAAAACUGGCACGGAUCUUGGAAAUGCAGAAGGGUCCGCCUACACCAACUUUAUGUGGCGGAAUAUUUUUGGCGGGGCUGAGUCACUGAAUAUCAACGCUUCACUCGGCACCCGGACCAAGUCCGCUUACCAGGCCACCUUCGAAACACCUAUCCUCAGCAACCCGGAUGUUAGGUGUGAAUUUGGUGGCAUUGGAAGUUCGACGGAGAAGAGCUGGGCGAGUCAUGAGGAGGCGGUCAAGGGAGGCUGGGCUAAGCUCCGCUGGCUUAGCGCCCACGGACACAGACACGAACUGGGCUACAACGGAUUCUGGAGGCAAGUGACAGGUCUAUCUACGAGUGCCUCGCCAACUGUUCGUGGGGAUGCUGGCGAUAGCGUUAAGAGCAGCAUUUGCCACACGUGGAUCAAUGACCAGCGCGAUAACCCGUUCUUGCCCUCGCAAGGAUUCUACAUGAGGACUUUCAAUGAGAUGGCCGGCUGGGGUCCGCUUAAGGGGGACGUAUCAUUCUGGAAAUCAGAGGUGGAAGCUCAGGGCGCCAUACCGAUUCCCAUCCCCGGAGUGAAAGGGAACACCGGCUUCAGCUUAACAACAGGUGCCCGUGCUGGUGUGCUCUGUCCAUUAGGUCUGGAUGCGGCUCGGAAACCCCAGCUUUCCCGUAUCAACGACCGCUUCCAACUAGGUGGCCCAACUGAUGUGCGCGGCUUCAGACUCUCUGGCAUCGGUCCACGGGAAGGUCCCGACGCAUUAGGGGGAGAUGUUUUCGCGGCGUGUAGCGCAAACCUUCUAUGUCCUUUACCUCGGGUUGGGGCGGAGAAACCAUUAAGACUGCAAGCUUUUGUAAACUGUGGCCGUCUGCUGUCACUAAAGACGCAGAAUGGGAAACUACCGUCGACGCAAGGGGAGGUUAUGGAUAGUAUUUUCGCGACCGUAUCAGAGCUGAAGAAUGAGUUGCCGAGCAUGGCCGCAGGGCUGGGCCUUGUGUAUGCGCAUCCUGCUGCGAGGUUAGCUCUACAAACCAGCAAUCCAUAUCUUGAAUACUACCUCAGUACUACCGCCACCCUCUUCAUCUCCGCACUGAUCUCGCAAACACACUCAUUCACUGUCUACAAACGAUACCUCAUCCCGGCCGUAAUGGCCCAAUUCUACUCCCAGCAUCAGCAGCAGCAGCAGCCAUACGGCGCAGGGCCCCAGCAGCAAUCCGCACACAACCUCCAAUUCUAUCCUACCUCCUACUCAUCCGUUUCUGGUCACACAACGCCUUCACAGGCCACAUAUGGCGGCUAUGGUGUAGCUUCAGGCUCUGGCCCUGGAUUUUCAGUUGGCGGGGGAGGUUCGGGGGUGGCUGGCGGAUAUGGUGCUGCUGCUUUUGGUGCUUCGUCGUCCGGCGUGAGUGGGCGCAUGGGCGAGCAAGGUGGAUUGAGGACGGGGUGGUUGGCAGCGUUUGGGACAGAGGGAUAUGAAGGCGAGCCGCCGUUGCUGGAGGAGUUGGGGGUUAAUUUCGACCAUAUCCGAAAGAAGACCCUUACAGUCCUCAACCCCUUCGCCCGCGUUGACCAACACCUCAUGGAUGACAGCGACCUCUACGGUGCCCUCCUCUACAUAAUCCUCUACGGCACAUUCCUCCUCCUCUCCGGCAAAGUCUUCUAUGGCUACAUCUACGGCGUCGCCGUCUUCGGCACGUUUGCCCUCCACCUCAUCCUCAGCCUCAUGUCCCCUUCGCUCUUAGACCCCAUCUCCACAGGCCCAGAAACAUCCUCCCUCGUCGACUCCGUCUCCGCCACCGCCGGCUACCACCCUCACGACAAACCAUCCGGCUCAUCCGGCUCAUCGGUUGCCCCAGGCCGCGCGGGACACCUCUCCUCAACCCUCACGUUUCCCCGCUCCGCCAGCGUGCUGGGAUAUUGUUUCCUACCCCUCGUGUUGACAAGUGGCAUCGGCAUUCUUCUACCCAUGGACACACUGUUUGGAUACCUGCUAACGACAGCCGCGGUGGGGUGGUGCACGUACAGCAGCUCAGGGAUGUUUUGCGCUGUGGCGCGGAUGCGGGGAAUGAGGUUCUUGGUUGCGUAUCCGCUUGCGUUGUUUUAUGUUGUUUUUGGUAUUAUGGGCAUUUUCUCGUCGAGGGGUGGUGGGUCGUUGGUUGCAAAGGCGACGGGGGGCUGA